AUGCCGGCCACCCCACGCGCCAGGAGGCGCAGGUGGCCUUUGGUGCUGGUGUUCACGGUGCUUGCCAUCCUGCUCACCAUGCUGGGAUCGGGGCUGAAGCCGCGGGCGCCAUCCCAGGUGCUGCGCCACGACGACCCGACAGCGGCGGCGAAGAUUGGCGGCAAAACGGCAUCCGCAGCAGGGGCAUCCUCAGCAGGGGCCGCAGAAGAAGCGGAUUAUGUAGAGGACGGGGAGGAGGUGGACAGCGAUAUGGCAGCUGCAAUGGCACAAGACGAAGCGAAUGCGGCUCUAGCAGAGGAGGAGGCAGGGCCGCAUGCGGUGGAGCAGGAGCAGCCGCGGCCAGAGACUCGAGCGGCGUCAGAGCAGCCUGACCAAGGUGCCAGUGUGCCCGCAGAGGGCGAUUUCCCUGAUCCUGCAUUGCUUGAAGAGGAGCAGCACGCAGGCCCUGCAGCAGCCGAGGAGAGGCGAGAAGCAAAGGCACCCUCGGCCGCAGCAGCAGCAGACCAGCAGGUGGCUGCCAAGGCUGAAAGCAGCGGCGGCUUACCGGCGGCACCCGGCAAGCCUGUGCCGCUGAGCGAUGCCGUGCCCAAGGUGGCCCUCAUGUUCCUCACCCGCGGGCCGCUGCCGCACAGCAGGGUGUGGGACGAGUGGCUCAAGGGCGUAGACGGCGGCGUGGUGCCCAUACCUGCGCUGACGCGGCUGGGGUGCAGCCAGGAGCAGGUGGAGUUGGUGCAGGAGCAGGGGGCUGCACCUGGAAACGGCGGCGAUAGCAGCUCGUCCCCGAAUGAGCCGUUGGAGGGCCGCGGCAGCAAUGCUACCCUGUAUGAGCGCCAGCGCCUCUUCUCCAUCUACGUGCAUGCGCCGCCAGGCUACAACGUCUCGUAUAACGUCAGCAGCAUCUUCCGCGGCCGCGAGGCCAAGAAGCGGGUUCCCACCCAGUGGGGCACGCACUCCUUGGUGACCGCGGUGCGGCACAUGGUGGGCGAGGCACUGCAGGACCCGCUCAACCAGCGCUUCAUGCUCAUGUCAGAGAGCGAUAUCCCGCUGUGGCCUGCGGGGCUGACGUACCUGCAGGUCAUGGCGGAGCCGGCAUCACGAGUGGAUGCCUGUGCCCCCAAGGAUGAGGCGGAGCUCAAGCGGCUGGAGCCAGCACAGGCGGACGUGCUGAAGAUUCCGCACGACCGGUGGCGCAAGAGCAGCCAGUGGUUUGUGAUAAACCGGCGGCAUGCGGAGCUGUUCACCAGGGACCAGGAGCUGAAUGCGGUGUUCGAGAAGAACUGCUGGGUGCGGCGCGACAUGGUGACGUGGAAAUGGAGGGACGGCGACCGCUGGUGCGUCAGCGACGAGCACUACCUGCCCGUCCUGCUGGCCCAGCACGGCGAGCAGGGGGCCUGCUCCUGCUCCUUCAGCGCCCAUGGCAGGCCGCGCGCCACGCCGGUGUACACGCAGUGGCUGCCGGGCAUCCCGCACCCCAAGACCUUCACCGCCGCGGAGCUGGCAGGGGAAGACCGGCAGGUGUUGGAGGCCGCGCGGGGCUGCACGCCCAUCAUUGCAGAGGCAGCAUUGAGCACGUACGCAGACAUGCUGGUGUCCCCUGUGGACUGGACACAGCAGGCGUGCGAGAAAGCGGCUGCCCAGGCCACGGCGGAUGCCUCUGGCAGCGCCACGGAAUCCUUGCCACCACCCACAGCAACAGCUGGGGAGGGAGCAGAGGGAGCAGAGCAGGCGGGAGCGGCAGCUGCUGCCGCAGGCUGGCAGCCAGCGCUGCUGCCCCCCUACAUGUGCUUCCUGACGCUGCGCAAGGCGGCGGCCGACGCUGCCGAGCCGCUGGCGCAGGCUGUGAAGGCAGGGCGUCUGGAUGCACAGUGA